CUUGAGCGCGUCCAGCUAUCAGCUAGUUCAAUAUUAGACAUGACUGCCGAUAGUCGUUCUGUACACACCGCCAAUCUUAUUAUACUUAAAAUAUUACCCAACAACGCCAUUAUUUUUCGCUGAACGCAAGUGUUUGACAAAAAAGGGAGAAUAUCUUACAAAAAAUUGGUUAAAAAGAGUUUUUAAUGAAUAGUGCCAUUGGCAAACCGAGGAAAAUUUCGAACUAUCUUGAUCGCGUGAUAUAAGCGAAUCAAACAUUGUACACCAUUUUGUCACUUCAAUAUUCCGAUUAUUUUUAUAAUUCAUAAGGAUUUUUUUGUUGGGUAAAAACUUGCAUUAUUUUAGUUGUUGCAACAAGUGGAUUGAACAAAAUUUGAUCUUGUGUGACAAUGAUAAAAGGACAAGUCAAUGAAUUGAGCACCGAAACUUUUAAUAAUCUCCAUUUGGACGUUAAAAAACAACCCGGGGACGAACCAAUCGACGAUCAUUUUAUUAAAAAACGUGAAUGGAAUGUUAAAUCAUCCGAAUUUGCGAAUUUAACUACAAACCCAAUCAGAGCCAUCGUCGAACAUUUGAACGUGCAACCAAAUCCAAAUAAGGCUUUUAUUCCACUCUCUGUUGGUGAUCCUACUGUGUUUGGCAAUUUAAAAGCGGCUGAUGAAACAAUUCAAGCAGUACGAAAUGCGAUCGAUGAAGGCAAGCACAAUGGUUACGCUCAUUCAGCUGGAAGCAUAUUAGCCCGUGAAGCUGUUUGUAAAUAUGUAGCACCGCAUCAAGGUUCGGUGGAACCCAACGAUGUGAUUUUAUGCAGCGGAUGCUCGUCAUCCCUUGACUUAUGCAUUGGAGCUAUUGCGGAUUCGGGUAAAAAUUUAUUGAUACCAACGCCCGGUUUCUCGAUUUAUCGAACUCUUGCAAUUAGCUAUGGCAUUGAAGUUCGGUCGUACAAUUUACUGCCCGAUAAACAAUGGGAAGUCGAUUUAGAACAAUUGGAAGAAUUAAUGGACGAACAUACAGCAGCUAUUGUGCUUACAAAUCCUAGCAAUCCAUGUGGAAGCGUUUUUCGAAAAAAUCAUUUAUUGGACAUAAUUGCGUUGUGCGAAAAGUAUUGCAUUCCAAUCAUUGCCGAUGAAAUCUAUGAACACUUUGUGUUCCCCGGAGUCGAGUAUCAUUCGGUCAGUUCUCUUUCGAAAAAUGUACCCGUUCUAUCAUGCGGGGGUUUGACGAAACGCUUUUUGGUGCCAGGAUGGCGCAUGGGGUGGAUUGUAAUUCACGAUCGUCACGAUAUUUUCAAGGAGUUACGCAAAGGUUUAGCCAAUUUAAGCACAAGAAUAUUGGGUAGCAACACUCUUAUUCAAGGCGCACUACCGGAAAUCUUGGAGAAAACACCAACAACUUUCUUUGAUAGCAUCGUGGAAACACUUUAUAAACACGCCAAACUUGCCUAUGAUAUUUUGUGUGAUGCUGUUGGACUUAAACCCAUUAUGCCCGAUGGAGCCAUGUAUAUGAUGAUUGGAAUCGAUAUCGACAAUUUUCCUGAAUAUCAAAAUGAACUUGAGUUUGUGCAGGCAUUAGUCAAGGAGCAAAGCGUUUUUUGUUUGCCCGGUCAAUGCUUCAAUUAUCCAAACUACAUGCGCAUUGUUUUAACCGUUCCGGAACAUUUAAUUUGGGAAUCAUGCAUUCGUAUCGCUGACUUCUGCAAUCGACACUACAAGAAUACAUUCAAUCCGAAUUUAAUUGAACACUUGAACUGGUAGAUGGUGGGGUGCAACGGCAUGAAUUAAUAUCGGUUUAUUUACUUAUGGCGACUUAUGGUGAGUUAAUAUCAUGCGAAAUAUGGUUUACCUUUUUGUUUAUAACAGUUUUCAUAAAAAAGAUGAUAAUAAAUGAGUAUUUCUUUUUAAACGCCAAACAACAAAA